AUGAUUACCGACCAAGACAGACAAAAGGUCAUCGACGGACGACAUGGGCUGGAAGACUUGGAGAAGUCCUUGGUAAAGGCCCUCGGUCCUCUAAGCAGCAACAUCGACGAGUUCUACAAGACCAUCACUCUGCCCUCUAGUCACAAGGCGGAACUAAAGGUCUGGCGAUCGAAAUCCACACCAGCCGCUGACAGACCGCUCAUCUUGAUGUUUCAUGGCGGUGGCUUCGCGGCCGGAUCUAUCGAAAUGUGUACACGUCCUGGGCGUGAGUUUGCAGAAGAUUUUGGGGCGGUGGUGGUAUCGUCGAGCUAUCGACUUGCACCAGAGAAUCCGUUCCCGGCGUCCGUAUCCGACGGAAUGGAUGUAGCCAGAUGGCUCUCCACUCACGCCGCUGAAGAAUUGGGCGCCAGUCUCGAAAAAGGUUUCAUAGUAGGCGGACUUUCAGCAGGUGGAAACAUCGCAGCAGUAAUUGCCCAUCAACUGAAGCACGAAGCGCUCCAAUUCCCGAUCACAGGCUCUUUCAUCGGCAUCGCUCCGUUGCUGAUCGAAUCCACCGUACCCGCCCAGUACAAGCACCUCUGGACCUCUCGAACAGACAACCCCAAGGGCAAUCCGCAUUUUGGUUACAAAGGCGAUGAGAGAAUGGUCGAGCUACUGCAGGCGGAUCCCGCGUCACCGCUCUAUUCGCCUACGAAUGAUUUGGCCGGUCUGGGAGGGCUUCCUCGCACGUAUUUUCAGUUGGGUGACAACGAUCCUCUGCGCGACGAUUGCGUGGUCUAUGCGAAGGCGCUCGAGGACGCUGGUGUGCAGGUCAAGAUGGAUAUCAUUCCCGAUAUCGGGCAUGAGUGUUUUUCAAUCUGGUACAACGAAGAGGAAGGAAGUCCUAAAGAACUCAAGACCAAAACGAUGGAAGGCAUUGCGUGGUUGCUCGGGAGGACGUACAGCGAGACUGGAUGA